AUGCCGGCAGGUCGAACACCAGCAGCAGCCGCGUCUGCCCUGCGCGCCUUUGCUCGCGCAGCCCGCCCGCAGCCAGUAGCAGCUGCAUGCUGUGCACCGGCAUCGGCAUCGUGCUCGCGGCCGUUCACCACCUCGCGCCUGGCGCGUGCCGAACCCCCUUCCUCGUCCUCCUCAUCUCCUCCCUCCCGACCCUCGUCCGCACCCGCACCGAUCAACGAGCGAGGCACGCAACUCUACGCUCCUUCUCCAGCAACGCAGCACGCCUACCUCUCCGAGCUCGUUGCACCCCUCGACGUCCCGCACCCCGACCUCCUCACUGCUACCCUCGCCGAGAAGGCGCUCACCCACAAGAGCGGUGUCGACAAGGGCACGACGUACAGCCGGCGAGAGAGGCGGGGGGAGAGCCCACGGUCACCACAGGAGGAGGGCGGGAAGCAGGGCCACAAUGAGAAGCUGGCGUUCAUCGGCCGCCGAGUCUUGCGUCUCCACUUCACCCAAUUCCUCUUCUCCCGACUCUCCGCAUCGCACCCCCACCUCCUCUCCCAGCUCCUGACCAACACCGCCCUCUCCUCCCUCUCCAUCAACUCUAUCCUCGACACGAAGACGCUCGGAGCGACGGUCGGCAUGGCGUGGCGGUUGCAGGAGGGGCUCAGGUGGAGGGCGGUAAGGGGUCCGGAUGGCGAGAUGUCGGGGUUGUGGAAGUGCAGGGGGAGCGCGGUGGAGGGUGUGGUGGGCGCGGUGUACACGACGCAGGGCAUCCACACGACGCAGCGGCUGUUUGACGAGAUGAUCUACCCUCACCUCGCGAUUCCCAACUCGGUCGCCAAGGCGCUGGAGCAGUCUGCGCCCGCAUCUCCCGUCGCGCCCGCCAUCGAGGAGGACGUGCCACUGCGAGCAGCAGCGCAGGCAUAG